AUGGCUGAAAUCCAGGCCCGCCUUCAAGCCCUCUCUGAGGAGUUCAGCAAGCUCCAACAAGAUGCUCUGCAGUCAAGACAAAAGCUCGAGGCACAGAAGCAAGAGAACCUCGGGGAGUUCACGAAGCUCAAGGAAGGAGAAAACAUCUACAAAUUGAUCGGCCCUGUUCUUCUCAAGCAAGACAAGGCCGAUGCAGAAAGCACAGUCAAUGGUCGUCUAGACUUUAUUAACAAGGAAAUCAACCGGGUAGAAACUCUCAUCAAGGAACUGCAGGGCAAGGUAGAAAAGAAGAAGGGGGAAAUUAUCCAGGUGCAAAGUGGUUUGCAAGCAGCGGCAGCUCAAGCCGUCAAGGCAUGA